CCUGCUUAUAAUAAGCGAAGCUGUCGCGGGAGAAGAGGAGCCUGUCAAAAAAAACAAAAAACACACACACACAAAACAACAAUAACAACAAAAAGGCAGAAGUUAAAGCGUGAGAGAGCGAAGUGUGAGGAGUAUAGGAACAAUAUCCACAUGCUGAAGCAUUGCGACGCGACGCCCUAGGAGCCCGACAUGACUUCUCCUAAGGGAGCGGUUCACUUUGAAGCGUCGCCUCGCGGCAAAACGGACUCGGAGGGCGAGGAGAGCAGGGCCAAGGACGCGCCGGUGAGCGCGGAGGAAAAAAGUAAAGCGAGCCGCCACCCGUUCAGCGUCGAGUCGCUCAUCUCCAAGAAGAGCACCUGCAGGAGCGCGUAUUCUCCUCCUGCGCCUUUCCCAGAGCAUCUGGCCCAGUACUCUCAGAGGACUUACUUCCCACAGAAGAGUCAAGCUGCAGCCGAAACUUUUGCCCAUGUGUCGGACUGCGUGAACGACGAGAGCGAAGACUCGAGUGACAAGGAGCAGAGCACUUGGCUGAAGAGCCCAACUUUCUCAUCCGCGCAGAGAGCUGCAAGUCCUCCGUCGACGUGCCACCUGCGCAAGCACAAGACCAACCGCAAGCCGCGCACCCCGUUCACCACGGCGCAGCUGCUGGCGCUGGAGCGGAAGUUCCGCCAGAAGCAGUACCUGUCGAUCGCCGAGCGCGCCGAGUUCUCCAGCUCUCUGAGCCUGACCGAGACGCAGGUGAAGAUCUGGUUCCAGAACAGACGCGCAAAGGCCAAGCGCCUACACGAAGCUGAGCUGGAGAAACUGAAGCUGGCUGCUAAACCCGCACUGCCCGCCGCCCUGGCCUUGCCCUUCUCCCUCGCCGCGCACGCGCCUCCAGCUGUGUACGGCGCCGCCGCGUCCGCGCUCCCGCGCCCGAGCCUCGCCGUGCCCGCGCUGUUCGGCUCGCCUUAUGGAAUGUAUUACUUAUCCUAAUAAUAACAACACAAACAAAAACUUCGCGGUUUCCAUCGCGACUGUUUUGGGGGGGGUUAUGUUUUUUAAAAUUUUUUUAUUAUUAUUAUUUUAUUUUAUUAAAGACUCUUCCUAAUGUGCAGUUGCAAUAACUUGUGACAAAAAAAAAUAGCAAAUGACUCCAAUACCUCUUAUUGCUGCCUCCAGUUUUUGGAGCUAUGGAGAUGUUCUUCUUUUUGUUUUGUUUUGUUUUAUUUUAUUAACGCCAUCUCCUCGAUUAUUGACUUGUAGCCUUAAAACAUAAGAAUGGCAGAGAUGUCUGAUAAAUGCAAUGAUGAGUAUAUGUGUCAUGUGUAUAUAUAUAUUCAUGCUCUUGUGGAGCAGGUUCGUCUGGAUCGAUUCAUACGUUGCGAUGUUUAAAAAAAAAUCUCUAGGGAUUUGUCCGUCAUGUGACGAGAAGUACUUACUGGCCUAAUCUUUAAAAAAGUGCCUUGAAAGACCAAAUAUUUAUUAGUCAAUAAAGAGUAUUCUUUUUAACGUUUAA